GCACGGCGGCGCGGCCCAAUGGGCGCGCGGGGCGGCGGCGUUUGAAAGCGCUGUGAGGGGUGGGGGCGCCAACGGCCCCGCUGAGGCGAGGGGUGCGCGGGGGCUGCCGGGAAGGGGGCGGACCGGCGGCAAUGGCGCACAAGCAGAUCUAUUACUCGGACAAGUACGACGACGAGGAGUUCGAGUACCGGCACGUGGUGCUGCCCAAGGACCUGGCCCGGCUGGUGCCCCGCACCCACCUGCUCUCCGAGACUGAGUGGCGGAACCUGGGGGUGCAGCAGAGCCAGGGCUGGGUGCACUACAUGGUGCACGAGCCAGAGCCCCACAUCCUGCUCUUCCGCCGCCCGCGGCCCAAGAAACCGGAGAAGUGACAUGAUCGGCCCCGCCCCGCCGGGACAGCGCCCGCCGCCGCCUCGCCGUCCCCGGCGGGGGUUUGCCCCCGGUACCGGGGGGCCUUUCCCGCCUUGAGCUUCAAUAAAAGGAUG